AUGACGGCUAUGUUGAAAGUCGUUCAUGGCCGUGGGUUGGAUCCAGACGCUGGAAAAGCAAGGCGGGAUCAACUCGUAUUACCUGAAGACCCGACAUUUGUUCCAGGAUUGAUGCUCUCAGGGUUAAACCUAGAUCUAUCGGCAUUGGAUAUUAUGACUGUGCUCCAAACCCCACGUAAAAUGACGAGCCUACUUUCCAGCUGCCACAAUCAGUCAAAUAGAUCAGACCAAGCGUUUGACAAUGAGGUCCAACUGAAUCUUUCUUCCUCGCUCGGAGGAUACAGCACUGUUGGCGGUUUGGGUUUGCCGAGCGAAAUGAGCAGUAACAGAAAAGGGCCUCAAAUGGAACUUCCGGCGUAUUUAGGUGACGAGGAGGGGGUUCUCUUGCAACCGGAUUUCGAAUUUGAUGCCGAGGGAAAUAUCGUUGAAUUAUCUGUCCAUGGAAAGAUAGAUCAUACGGGUGUAGACGGGACAGGUCAGAAUCGACAGAGUUUGAAAAUCGGUAGUGCAAACAAAUCUGGCAUUGAAGAAGUUCAAAACAUGCAGCUUGAAGAUAUGCCGAUAUAUGACGAAAAUCUGAGAGAAAUGGUAAAUGUGAAUACGAUUUUGCCAUUCGAAGAAUCCCCUUGUCCAAGACACCAGGGUCACGAUCGACCAGCAAUAACUGAGAAUACUUCUGAUCAAAACCCACAGCAAUCCGAAAAGAAAAGGCGGCUGAGAGCUAUGGAAGUUGACGACUAUCCAGAACUCAGUAAUGCUGACUUGGCCCAGUGGAAUUCCGAAUAUGCACAGAAUAUGGCUUCUGCUGCUAAAGUGAAGGAAGCUAACAAGCUUAUCACGAUCGCUAAAAAGAACGCGGCGUUCUGUGUUCUGGAAGUGGGAAUUGGGGCUGUCGGCAUGGUUCUUGGGAUGGCCAGAUUUUCUCAUCCACUAGAAAUGUUCUCUGGGAGCAGACUUCUAAGUGCUCUAACAGGUUCACAGACAGAUGGACCAAGGCGCAAACGCGACCGUAGCACGGAAAGCAGCAGUGACGAAUCCAAUGAGUCCAAGAGGAGAGUACGACAGAGAAGCAGAGACAUCGAGACUGCUCGUGGACAACAGGCGGAGAAUGAGGCAUUUCUACCAUUUGAUGAUAUCGAGAUCGGUCGACAUGCACCCCCAUCCCUUCAAGGCGAUAUAUCCCUGCAAAUGCCGUGGAAUGUUACCGCCUCGAUACACAGUUCUCAUCGGGGUUCAUCUGUCGUCGGACCAUACUCUGGUAUUGGAGGACCAAACUCUGCGUUGCGUUCUGGACAGGAUCUGCAGGUUCCCAAUUCGAUCAGUGGGCGCAGAGGACGGCUUCCGAGCGCCAGCCCUCUUGCAGGCCGUGGAAGAAUGCAGAAUACCUUUCUUGGCGUUCGAUUACAAGAUGAAGAUCUUGAUAUGGAUAUAAUCGGCGGCAUGGAUGUAGACUCAUAUAUGGACGAGGUUUGUAUGAAAGAAACAACUGGGCUGAGUUCACCCUCGGCGCACCGAGAUAAGAUCGCCGAGCCUUCAUGGUUCUUAAGUAACCUCGAUCAACAAACUGUGAAUUUCCUCGAAUACGUGAAAACUCGAGGCAAAGAAAUGCCUGGCACCGAGAUGUCGUUCGCCUUCUUGUUUCCACCCGGACAGAACACAAGGGUUGUCGCAACCCAUGGACUGUUGCACGUCUUGACUUUGGCAACAAAUGGAGUGCUGCAGGUGCGCCAAGAUGUGGAUAUAAGCUUCGCCAGAGGGUGUGACGAUGUGGGAGAAAUCUUGCUAUCCAUGCGAUGCUAA